AUAGACAAAAAUGGAAGGUCAAAAAGGAAGGAGGAGGAGGAAGUAAAGUGGGUCGAGCCGGGCUGAUUACAUAAGAAAUUCAAGCCCGAAGUUUCAAUGAGGCCCAGGAUGACCUUGACGACUCGGCCCAUUCGGGCCCGGCUUGUUUCGUAGCAGCAAAAAUCCAACCAUUUUCUACUAGGGUUUUUUGGUACUGAAUUUUGAUUUGCAUUUGCCAGAUUUCGCUUCCACCGUCGCCGACCACUGAUGGAAAAGACGGCAGAUGAAGAUAAGGAAAUUGAUGUUGAGGCCAACUAUCAAUCGGAAGCAAGCACUGGCGAGAAACGCAAAAGAGAAGGGAAGUUAAGAUCUAAAGUUUGGGAACAUUUCACAAAGAUCAUAAAGGAGGACGGAACGUGUGAUAAAUGCCAAUGCAAUCACUGCCAGAAGCUAUUUACUUGUUCAAGCAGAAGUGGGACGACUCAUUUACUCCGUCAUGUAAGUGAUGGGAUAUGCCCUGUUUUUAAACAAGAUAAAAAGGAGAAGUUACCUGCGACAUUAAAUUAUACGAAAUCGAACCUUUUUUCUCUCCCGUGGAAAUAUAAUCUAGGUCCUGGCCAAUUAACCACCCAACAACCUGCUGAUGUUGAGAUUGAACUACUACCCGACGUGUUAUCUGAUCUUGACCAUCAGGCUGUUAAAGAAAUACAAGACGAUGGUGGAGUUCAAAAACUGACACCUUCACGUGGAAAACUUCCUCAGCAGUCCACAUUAAAAUCUCAACAUAAAGGAGAGCCAUGGAUGAAUGAGUUAAGGGCUUGUGUAGCUAAACUUGCUGAGCUUACAAAUGUAAAGAUUCCAAUGGGAUCCCUUAUGGCGGCACCUGUUUGUGCUCCAGAUUACUCGAUAGCUGUUGCUCUCAAGUUUUUGAAUGAAAUGGAAGAUAUCCCGCAGUCAAGUGACAUGUACUUAGAUGCUUUUGAGAUUUUGCAGGAUGAAGGUGAAAGAGAAUCUUUUGUUUGUUUGCCCCCUGAACCGCGCAGGAGAUGGAUGCAAAGGAUGUUGCACCGGCGCUACCCUCUACGGUACAGUUCUAGCAUUUAGCAGGGGUAUUGGUGAUUGUGGCACUUAAGGGGACACUUUUAGCCGCUGGCUGUUUUAUUAUUCUGAAGAUCUUGUACUUCUUAAAAGGAAAAUAGUGGCGAAAGGCUAUGCUUUGGAGUGCAGUUGGCUUUGGCCGAUGUAGCCUAUAACUAUCGACCGAAGGGAAAAAGAAGUUUAUAAAAGUAGGUGGGCACCGGAUACCCUGGAAUGAAGCAUCACAGGAUAUAACUUCGACCCUGAUUUACUACUCUUAGAUCUAAUGUUGUGGGCUUGUAAUCGAUUUUGUUUGAAGUAUGAAUUUGUAUGCUUCAGGAGAAAUAAUAUUUGUUGAACCCUCUUCUUCUU